AGUUGGUUCUUGAGUUUGAUCCUGCUUGCAAGGGACUUCUCUUGGCUCUAAAACUAAAAGGAAAGUUUGAGCAUUUGAAGGUGGAAUUUUUUCUGUGAAAUUUCUCUAUCAUUUGUGUGUGUACUUGCGGGAUUUACAAAUGAAAUAAAAGGAAUCUGAGAGAGAGAAGAAGGAAGUGCACGAAAGGCCUUGUCUCUCGUUACAAAUGGAGCCAGGUUCCGAAAGUUGAUUGAAAAAUUCCUCUACAAUCUCCGUUUUCUGCGCUCUCUAAAGGACGAUUUUUUUUGGAGAAUUUUCCUCGAGGAGAUUUUUCCUUUUCGCGUGUGAAUUGCCAAAAAAAAGGGUUGCAAGGUGUGAGAAGAAAAUGCAAAUUGAGUGAAAAUUCUGCACGAGAGAGAACUCUUUUUUUUUCGAUUACAACGGAAUGUCCUUUUGCUUCUUGUUAAAUGAAGUGAAGGAUUGACUUUUAAAAGGGACAUUUUCUACCCCUUUUUGUGGAAAAUAAGAACCCAGAGAGAGAGAACAAAGUGCAAUUCCUUCCUUGUAGACGAUGCACCGUGUUGGGUGAGGACAAGGCUGCUGCAGAGAAGGAAAAUCGAAACUUUUCCUCCACAAGGAACUCUCUGUGUGAGUUAAUUCUCCGUGUGACGCGGCCACAAGUAAAGGAUCUUCGGUGGAAAUUUUUUUUGACAACAGAUUGUGAGGAAAAUUUCUAUUAGUGCGUGGUGGGAAAUAAAGGUUUUUCUGGGGGGGAUAGAGCAACGCCGAGGAGGUGGUAAAAAGGAAAACAAGAACAAUUUACAUGAAUCCUGGGAAUAUAUAAUUACAUAGAGCCUUCUCUCCUCUUCAUUGACUCUCUAGCGGAUGGAUUGGUGGUAUCGUUGGCUGUUGGUCUUUUGGGCCCUCCUGGGCAUCCCAUCGCCACCAUUCACCGAUUGCCGUGCGAGUAAUUUGGGUGGAAAUGGCAAGAAUCCCGAAACAUCCACGAUAUCAACGAGAAAAUGCAAAGUAACGGAAUUCCCGUGUGAAAAUGGGGGCUGUGUACCCCUUUCUCGGUACUGCGAUCAAAAAUUCGACUGCUCAGACCGAUCUGAUGAGCCUAAACUAUGCACAGUGUGCAAUCGAACGCUGUAUGGCGAAGUGGGCAAGACUUAUGAACUCGAUGUCCGGCAACCGAAGGAGCUUCCAUUUAUUUGUGAUUUCAAUUUCACCGCUCUCGGCAACGAGCACGGAGACAUAAUCCAGAUCAACUUCAACAAAUUCAAUGUGGGCCGGUUCACGUCCUUCAAGGAUUCAGGGUGCCACGAUGGCUCCAUGGCCAUCCGGGAGGCAUCACUACCCUCAUCCGGGGGUGUAUGGUGUGGCACAGCCUGGGGAUUCAAUUCCUACUACAGUGAGACACAAUCCAUUAAUGUGUCACUGAGAUUGUGGCGUCUGCCGGGAGGCUUGACCGCUGCAUCCACUGCAUCGGCUGGGAACUUUGAGUUUUCCCUCUCCUACAAAUUCCUCCGGAAGGGGGAUGCUCUCUUGCGGAGCGAUGAGACAGCAUGGAUGGGGGAUGCUGUCCCCGGAAGCUACUGCAACCGCCAUCUCUACGAUUGCGAUCAACGACGUGGCGGAUGCGUUAUACGUUCCCCCAAUUUUCCCGGUAUUUACCCACGUAACAUCACCUGCCUGUAUCGCAUUAGUCAACGCACCAUCCCCAAUGGGCUCCAUGCCAUGAUUGUCCUCCGGCAGAGUGACCGCCAUAAGCUCCACAUUAAGGAUCAAGCCCCGCAGAUGGAGCAAAAUAAUCGAAUGCUAAGAAGUUGGGAGCAAUGUGAUCUCGUGCAGGACUACAUAUCCGUACGCGAUGGCAAAUCACUCGAUGCUCCGGAGAUUGCGAGAUUCUGCGGUGGAGACACACUCCCGGAAAUCAUCGCUAGCGGCCCCGAUAUGGCCAUUGAAUUCAAAACAUCCCCCUACGAUAGUCUCUUCCACAAUUUCCAAGCACCCAGUCUCAUGGGCUAUGAAUUGCAAAUAAACGUGAAGUACGUGAAUGCAAAUUCUCAAUCCUUCGUCGCACCCGAGAGUCGCUGUGAAUUUACGAUAAAUGCUUUUGAGAAUCCAUUUGGGGAAUUGGAGUCACCGCGACAUACCCUUCCACCGAAUACCCUCUGCCGCUACUACUUCCAGGGGCGACAUCAUGAAACAGUUUGGAUUUCAUUCCUCAAAUACAAUUCAGCCCUGGACACGAGUGCAGUGUUCGAGGCACAAUCUGAUUGUGCACCGCAGCUUAGGAUAUGGGAUGGCAAGCUGGUUACGAGCAACAGAACUCACGGCUCACAGUACGACUUUACGCCCAAUUCGAGUCUUCUGGCGGAGAUUUGUCGCGAGGACGUGCCCAAACUCUGCUCUAGGUCAUUGAUCACAAAGAGGGCGAGACCAUGCACAGCUGAUGAGAGCUAUCUGUCGACUGGAUCUGACCUAACGAUGGAGUAUAAGCCGAAUCCGAAUGGCCCAGCACGGCUGUAUGGGCCAGUGGCGGCAUUUCGGUUGCGCUAUGAAUUUGUGGACACAUCCUUGGGGGGGACACCAUUGGAUCAACCCUUCCAGACGUCGCUGUUCGCCCCGGAGCCGGCUGCCCUCACGCAGUCCCAUUCCAAGUCAUGCAAUCGACUGUAUCGCUCCAUUUCCACGACUCGGGGCAUCUUCCGGUCCCCCACGAAUGUAUUCUUCUACGGACGUGGCGGAUCUGAGAACAUUUCCUGCACAAUUCGAUUUGAGGCUCGACGUGGAGAGAGUGUUAGACUGACCAUCACACGUGCCCGUUUUGGUGGGCGCUCCUGCCAGAAUGUUCAGAAUCGCUCGGGACGCUGGCAUUGUGAUCACCACGGGGGCCCCGUGGCGGAUCUACGUAUCGGUGAGGUACCCUGGUUGGAUGUGGGGCCCCUCCCGCGUGAUUGUAUUUGCUCAGACGUAUCCCGAUCACUCAUCCUGGCACCCCUUGCUGCCAAUAUUGUUGAAGUUCAAUUCAACACGCACAGCAUGAGCGUUGAUCAGGACUUUCGGGAUUUUUACUUCGAAGGAAGGUAUGAAUUUACAGCUGAUGGCUGUGCUACAGAUUGGAGUAUGAGACGCCUCAAGGGACGCAGUGGAAAUGCUUCCUUGUCAGCGUCUGAAUGUGCCCCACUAAUUCAGCCCUGGCUGCUAGAGCCGGAAUCCCCAGAGGGGUAUCUUGUGCUAAAGCUAAAGGGCUUCUGGAUGCCAACUGUGAUGCAAUCAGUGGCACCAUGUCCAACAGAUGCCCGGAUUACGGUGUACUCCACCAAUAAUCCAGGAAGUCAGAGAGACUUAUGCCCAACAACUGGGAAUGAUGUUGUGGCAUUUUCCGAUGGUUGGGACAGUGCAUUCGAAUACAGUCCCGUUGAACUGUCCAGGAAUCUCGUUGUGGAGUACAGAUCACCCUGGAAGUCUGGGAUUGAUAACUUGGAGUACAAGUUUUCCUGGAUGGAGGUCUAUCCGGCAAUUGGAUGCCACUACAAGUGCACAGAGCUACAGGCUUGCAUUGCACCAGAACUGUGGUGUGAUGGCAUCAAUCACUGCCCAUCGGGUCAGGAUGAAAGUUCCGUGGAAUGCAACAUCAAUCUACCCCUAUCACCGCUCUAUGUGGGCAUUGCCGCAGCCACGUUCACGCUACUGCUGUCCCUAACGGCAGGAUUGGCGGCGUGCGCUAAACGCAAGAAGAUCGAAGUGAAGCAACACUAUGAUGCUCAUGCGGAUGCCAAUGGACGCUUCCCACCGCAUCUAGCUGCACAUCAUCACCAUCUACCGCCGCACGCACUGCCACCCAUUUUUAUUGAUACACCCGCAAAGGAUAGCUUCUGUUGACAAGAGAUCGAGACUUCGGUGUAGCUGCCGGAGUCACGACAGCACCCGCCACGACUCCUUGCCACUGCAGCUGCACCACAUCGGGGUGAGUUCAUUUUCCAUUAGAAAACAAACAUGUACGUACACCUUCCCAUAAUUCCCCCUCAUCAUCCUUGGCUGUUAACACACUUUCCUGCCUCCAAAAAAAAAAGAAAAGACUUAAGCACUGAAAUCCCGGAAGAAGCAGUGAUGGUGAAGAGAAAUUUUUAAAGGAAAAUGAAAGAAUAUAUUUAAUUUUCUGUUUUCCAAUAGAAAUUUUCCGAUUUUCCCAAUGAAAUCGAAAAAAUGUGGAGUAUCUUGGGAAUUUCAUAGGAUUUCUCCGUGUAAUUCUCCAAUGUUCCCAUGGAAGUUUUCCUAUUACAUUUCUCCGUGUACUCUAACAAGUUUGAUGAAUUAUAAAGCUUAAUUUUGACUAAUUUAACCCACAAACAGACCCUGUAGUUCAUAAACAGAGAAAACAACUAAAAAUCAUUCCGCUUUGGUCGGCCAUCUUGAGAAUUUUUCAUAAACUCACUUUUUUUUAAUAUUCAACUUAAAAUUUUAGUCUCUGCUUAAAGCUCGUAUGAAGAUUGAAGAAUUUAGUUCAUUUUAAUUCGAAAAGUGAAUCAUAUUUCCCCUAUUUCCGUGUGGCUAUUGUCGUCUCAGCACUGGAUAUUAAUCUUUAACAAGGACAAAGCCAUAAAAAAUUUUUCUUUUUGCAUACAUUUCAAUGUUUUGCACAGGCCCUGUACACGGUCUACUUUGUUUUGAAGUUGAAGAGCAAAAAUGGCUCACUUUUUGUAUGGGAAUUUUUCGCCUUUGGUAAUAAAAUUUUAAUUUUUUGACAUUUAGAGUACUGAUCGCACGCUGAGAAUCUGUCAUUUUGUAGGUUAUUAGUUGUAGAAUUUAAUGGUACAAACGGAUUUGAGAUUGAUGCUGUCAGUAAAAAAGCGCAGUCCAACUUCAUUUUUUACCAAAGAAUUCCAUACAAAAAUUGAGUCGCGUACACGGCCUGGUUUUGCAACAAUCAAUGCUGAAAGAAGAUCUGAGAGAUAUAAUUUGUUGAAUUUUUUAGUGAAAUUAAGAAAUUUUGGGAAAAUGGAAAUAUCCUAAGACAUUCUACAAGCCACUGAUAUAAAUUUCCGUGGAGAAUUCUUUCGUUUCUCCACGGCAUUUUUACUAGUUCUCGACCUUUUUGCGUAUUUUUUCUGUACAUUUUCGGCACAUUAUCUUCACUAUUACGUUAAAGAAAUCUCUGUAUUCCUUACGGUACAAUUUUCUGCACUUUCUCAGGAAAUUAAUUAAUUUUUUUUAUUGUAUUUUCUCCACAAUUUCCCAAACUUUCUUCACAAUUUCUCAAUGUUUUCGCGACAUUUUUUCUAUACUUUCUCCAUCAAUUUCCCCGCAUUUAUUUCUUAGUUUUCUACAUUCAACUACACAAUAACUUUAUGUUUUCUCCACGUUUAAUAAAAUCCUAUUUUUCCUCACAUUUUCAACAAUUUCUCCACAUUUUCUCCGCUAUUAUCCUAUAAUUUCCUAUGAUUUCUCUUAAAUUUAUUCAUGUUUAUUUCCGAAUUUUCUCUUUACUUUCUCCACACUUUUUCCACAAAUUCUCCGCGUUGAUUUUCCAAUUUUCUACAUUCUACUCAAAAAAUCUUUUUUUUUUUUUCAAUUCUUCACCAUCACUGCUCAUAGAAAACCCCCUAAAAAAACUUCCACGUGAUUUCCAAAAAAAAAUAAAAGAAAAAAAAGCACUGGCAGUGAGCUAAAAACACGAUGAAGGAGUUAAUCGAAGCGAAAGGGUUGUGAAAAUCAUCUAUAUUAUUACAUAAUUUUUAUGAUUAAUCGUAAUAAGAUUAAAAUGUGAAAGAGAUAAAAAGGUAUAUAAAGUGCGAAAUAUCACUCAAAAUCAUUGUGAAUUCUAAGCAAUACGUAUUUGGUGAAUGAAGAUGAAUUAAGGAAAAAAUAUUCGUUUUUAAAUUAAAGAGAAAAAAAAAACGCACGAAAAACUAUAUUUUAUGGAAAAAGCUUUGAGCAGGAUUUUUUUUUGGAAGGAUUUCUAUGAAUGUUUCGUACGUUUUUCGUUGUUGUUGUUUUUGUUGUAAUGUGCACAAUGAAGCUUCCAUCCACCCACCACAACCAACUGAACUUUCUCCAUCCAAAUAAACUGCUUAAUGACUCCCUCAUCUGACCUAGGAUGUUGUGUAGUAUAUAGUACGAUGGAGUACCACACAACAACUCUCCUCCACAUAUGGUGCCGAGCAUAAUUUUCUCACACACAGACGAGCAACAAAAAAAGGGGUUGCACAUGAGAAAGACAAAUUAGCUAUAUAUUAAAGCUCAGCAUUUCACAAGUCACGUUUAGCUUUUUUUCUUCCUCCCCCGUUUUCUUUUAACCCUCCCACCCACACACCCCCAGCCCGACAAAAAGGGUAUGUGUAUGGUGAAAGAAAUCUCCCAAAAGAACACGCAUUUUCCUUUCAAUUUACCCAAAGAAAGGAGACCGGGUGCUAAAGAAAAGAAAAUCCUGCUCAAGUUUCGCCCGAUUUUCUUCCCAUUUCUGCACGAAAGCGCUCCCCGAAGAAGGAGAAGUUGGAUAAAAAAAGUGCGAGAAAGGUGGGUGAAGAAAAAAUAAAUUCAAAAGAGAGCACAACGAAUAUUAACUAUUUGAACUUGUAAAUAGCAAAAAAAGGCACUCGUUUUCUCGAGAGUGAUAAAUUUUACUGUGAGUGCGAGAGUUAAGUAAAGAAAAGAGAAAAAAGAUGUUUGGGUGUGCAAAGUAAAUCUCUGUAAGUCUGCAACAGAUGGAAGAAAAAAAAAAGAUUCCUUACAAAAAGGAAUAAAAUCUUUUAAGAAGAAAAAAGAGAAAUUCGUACUUUGUUGAUGCUAUUUUGUUAACAUUUCAUGAAGAUUUUCUCUAGAAAAGAAAAUCCACCAAAAAGGUGUUAAUUUUCUUUAAUUAAUUGUAAGUAAACUCCUUGAUUUUUUAAUUCCAUCCUUUUCCUGUAUUUUAGUUCUUGAAAGGCUUUGCAAAAAUGUUCUGAUUUAAUUUAAAACAUUAAAUAAUUUCUUUAUAUAAAAACAUCCCUCUUAGAGAUUUAUUUAGAACAUUAUUUUGUCCAAGGGGUGCUUAUCUGGCUGAAAAUUAUGCAAAAUUCGAUUCUUUUAUUUUUGAAUUUAUUCCCAUUACUUGGGAAGAAUUAAAAAUUCAAUUUAGGAAGAAAAUUGUGAAUAAUUUGAUUGUUUUCAAUGAAGAAAUGACAGAUAAAUGAGAUAAACAGAAUAUACGAUAAAAAUGUUAGAAAAAUGAUCAAAUUCUUCUAUAUCACCGGGAGAACCUGAAUUUCUAACCUCAAACUUUUAAGCUUAAUUUCCUAUUAGAAAGAAAACGUUUUUUUCCGAUGUUUCUUUGACGAACUUCUAGCAUUUGAAGUCGCCUAGAUGUAGAAUUCAUCAAGAUAAGUUGGACAGAUUGUCAGACAGUUGGGCAGCAAUUACCACUUUUGUACUCAAAGUGUUAUUUUUUUUUGGGCUGGACGUUAUAAUCUAACUCUCUUAUACACAGAAAAAAAUUAAUUUGUGAAAUGUUUGUCAAAUUUCUUGAAAGUUUUGUAAGUUCUCCGUCCAUUUAUAAGGAGAAAUUGACCUUUUGCUUUGUGAAAGUAAGUUUCACCUCCUUUUGAGUACAAAAGAAUGUCGAAAUUCUCUUCCAAAGUUUGGAAUUUUCGUUUUAACCUCCAAAUAUGAUAUCUUACCAAUUUUGGGAAUAAAUUUCUACAUUCUUUUGCCUUAAAAAAGAAGGUUAAUACCACUUUUACGAACCGAAAAGUUAAUUUUUCCAUAUAAAUGGAAGGAAAACUUACAAACCUUUCAGGGAAUUUAACAAACAUUUUACAAAUUAUUUUUUCCGUGUAGCCAUAAGUGAUCAAAUUAAAAUUUCAAAAUUAUAAAAUGUGAUUAAAAACUCACAAAAUAUGUGGAAAUUGCGCAAAAUUUGAUAAAAAAUUGUUAAAAAAUACACAAAGUUCAGUAAAAUUAAUAAAAUCUACGCAAAACUUGGUAGAAUACAUGAAAAUUGUGCAAGAUUCGCUAAAAUGAAGAGUAAAAUUAGCGAAAAAUUCUGUAAAAGCUUACAAAAGAAGUUGAAAUUUUUAUCUAUUUUUAAAAUAAAAAUACAAAGAGUAUUUUUAUUUUAUUUUUCCAUUCUUUCAAACCUUUCAAAGUUCGAUUUGGGCUGAUAUCCCCCAAAAUAAUUGUAUUAAUUGAGUACAGAAAUGAUUUAAAAAAAAAUGAUUAAAAACUAUCAAAUAGCUAACAAAUAAAUUUAAUACCGGUAUUCGGAAUACUUUUAAAUAUUCCUCAAAAAAAAUCCCCCAAAAUCCGCCAGAUAAACACCCCUUGUUUUUUUUACAGUGUUAUGCCGAAACUAAUUCAUCUGAAAGCUCUUUCAAAAUCAGGAUUAACACGAAAAAUUUUUGUUUAAAAGAGUUAAAACUUUUUUUUUAGCUUCAAAUGAAAGAGAAAUGGUUAAAAUAUAAUUUGCACAGUGUGUGUGUCAGAAUUUUCACCUUCCCCUCCAUUCCCAGCAGUGUGACCUUUUUCACACGCGCAAUUUCCAUUUAGAGGGAGUCAAAAAUUUUCAUUACACUCUCCCGGGGCCGACAAGCAAUUUAAUAGACUGUAAAAUUACUCCACUCCUGCCGCAUUUGCAGAGGAAAAGUAUAUUCUCUCCUCGUCCUGGGUUGGAAGGAAUUUUAUUUAUUUCUAUUCGCACCUUACAUUCAAUUGGGGAAGAAAUUAAUUUUCAUCCAUAGGGUUACGUAUAAAGUUCUUUUUUUUCCUUCUAGGUGGCUUUAGCUAAUUUUUCUGCGAGAUUGGGGUAAAGGGGGUAAAGAAAUUCAAUCUGCACAGGUGUUGGGAUUAUAUUUUCCGCAAAAUUAUCCCGAGAAAAAGGGUAUCGAAAUGAAUGAAAUAUUCAUAAUAUAUAAAUAAUCAUGAGAAUAGGGGGAGUGGGGGUACGAUGAAUUAUUAAUGGGGAAAAUGAAGAAAAUAGAAAAAUUAUUGAGAGGUGUGACCGAGUGAUUUGAUUUUUCCCAUCAUCAUACACUUCUGGCCGUAAUUCUUUGAACAAUUUGCAAGAAUAUUGAAUUGGAAAAGAAAAGAAAAUAAUUGCAAAAAAACGGCUUGACCGAUUUUUAAACAUACAGUCGAAAUUCUUCAAAUCUGUUGGUCAAAGCUGGAGUAAUAAAUAAAUUUAAAUUUAUAUUAUUUAAUGAGAACUAACAAACGACAAAACGUAGGAAAAUACUUUGCUUUGACAGCUUCUGUCAGUUGCCAUAAAAUUGUACAAAUUUUCAUUUUUUCUUUAAUUUUCAUUAAUUUGGAAUUCUCUUAAAUCAAAAUUUUCUUUAAUAAAGAUACUUCUCUUGCGCAUUUCCCAAGUUAUCUGUCAUUUCUAAAUUGCAAUAAAACUGCAAAACAGCGCCAUCAUUUUCAUUUUUUUAUUAGUCAAAAGAAUGGCUAUAGAUCUAUCACAAAAUUGCCAUAAAAUCAUCUAACAGUGUCCUAAUUUUAUAUACACGGCUCUUGUGAUGAAUUCUAAAACUUAAGCAUUUUAGAGCAAUUAUUAUUGCCCGAUUAUAACCCUCAAAAUUAACAAGACGAAAGAUUAGAAAUGUAUAAUAAUAUCAAAAAUUCCUCCAUUAUAAUGUAAAGCCUAAAGAAAAUACUGAAAAAAUUAUUCUGAAUUUGCUGAAAUUGUAUUUGCUAACCUAUUAUAAUAUCUAAUUUAUUCUGUAUUGAAACAUCUAGAAAAUUGAGGUUAUGUUUACUACAAUUUGAUAUUUUUUACAUGAAAAUUAUAAUUUUUUUUUUACAAUUAAUCCAUUCAUUCUAUUUGCAAAAUAUCUUUUCAAAUUUCAAUAAAAUAAACGAUCUUUACGGUCUACUUUGACUCCUUUAGUUUUACUAAAAGGACUCUAGAUUAGACGCCAUUUUUUUGUUCUUUAUCUCUCCCUUUCGCAUUAAAAUUAAUACGCUGUCUCACCAUCCCUAAUCAUUUCUAUUAAAUUAAUCCUUUAAGUUUAGUUUGUCAAAAGGGCCAAAAACAAUUUAAUGCAGCACUUAAGCUGAAUUUAAUCUUUGUGAAAACCUAACCUAACUUUAAUGAUACGCUAUUUUGUGAUUUUUUUGCAUUUUCCAUGAAACACCAAAUGACCAUUUUUAUUCUUGCAAUUUACAUUAAAUCGUUGAAGAUAUUUCUUCUCUGUUUCUCCAUGAGAAAAAUGCAUGACUUCCACCAUGAGCUAAAUAAUUUUCCAAUUAUCUCAUCACUUCUCUUGGUUGGAGACUACGCGCGGUACAAAUUGAGAAGAAUGAUGGUGGAAAUGUUGCCACAAGUGUUUCAAUGGACGGUCAUGUAUAGUAUAUAGUAUAGAAUAGUAGUAGAAUAUAAUUCUGGAAUUCCGUUGUGAGUUCAAUCAUCAGAAUUGUUGGCGUAAAUCACUCUUUUCUCUCUCUCUUCUUUCUCCCUGUAUAUUCUAUCCACCCCUGCUCUUCCAGAUGGACAGAAAAAGUGGAAUAAUUCAGAAGUAGAACAAAGGGUUAGAGGGGGGGGGUGGAGGUGGAGUAUGACGAAAGAGUUAAUAUUGUGAUGUGAUAAGAAUUGCAUACAAGUCAGAAUGGCUGGGAAUGGGGUAACAACAUCGCCUGAAAAAAUUGCUGAAAAGGAAGAACAAGAAAAAAAAAACACUUGAGGAUUCUCUCGGUCUAUUUAUUUUAUUUAUGUAGUAUUGUGUUUUUGCUCAUUCGUAGAGAUGAAGUGGAAUGAAUAAAAGUAAAAUUAUUAUGAAUAUACUUGCUUAGUAAUUUAUCAAGUUAUUUUUCAACAUCAAGAGAAAGGGAUUAUUCAUUUUUUGAGGACAGAUAAAAGAAAAAUCUUCCAGAGUCAAAAAAUUACGUUUAAAAUUUUUUAUGAGUUAUUUAUGAUGGGAUUUUCCUUUAAAAUGCAUUAGCCACCCCUCCCAUUGCAGCCCAAAAAUUCUUUUAUCUUGAUGAACGAUUCUGUUUAUCAGUCAAAGUAUUUACUUCAAUAUGGCAGUAUUGUACCUUAUUUUGUGUUGUUUAUAUGCAGAAAGCAUAUGCUUCAGUGCUUCAACUGAUGAUCUAUGAUGAUUAAAGGAAAGUUUUCAAAGUAAAUAUUGAACUAAAAUCUGUUUUUUAACUUAUAAAAUGUAUAAAAUACUAAAUUCCAGUAAUAACUUCACAAAAGCAUUUCCAUUGUGCCUGAAUUGUAACUCAUUUUCGUUUUUAAGUGCAUAGAGCUUAUGCUCGGCGCUUAAAUUAAUUUUUAAAAAUAAGUUGUUUUUGUACAUUUUAGUCCAAGAUUUGCAUUGUAAAGCAAUAACUUAAAACAUAAACUACUCGAAGCACUGAAGCAUAUGCUUCGUUCACAAAAAAAAUACAUUAAAUUGAGCUAAAUAUGUGGUGUGGAUACAUUCAUAAAUUUCAAUGAAUACUUUUCCACAAAAACGAAAUAUCUUCUUGAAAUAUUUUUUCUAAAGUUUAAUUUAUCUUUUUUCUUGAAUUUGAAAAGAAAAAUUACGCGGGAAAAAAGUUUUCUGUUGAAGGAGAAAAAUAAUGUUGAAA